AUGAUUAAUAAUACAAAAAAUGAAUUUUCUGCUGAUUAUGUUAAAUGGAUAAAGAGGCUCUAAGACUCUAAUUAUCUCAAUCCUAGUGGAAUUGUAAGUCAUGUCAUUGAUAAAUUCUACAAUGCUAAUAUAAGCUUAAGUACAAGAGAACCCGAAAAGAUGAAAAAAGCAGAAAUGAUCUUACAAAAACCAAACAAAUGUAUAACAAAUUUAUAAAGUUAGCAAAAUCAUAGUUAAGAUUUUUAGGUUGCUAAGAAUCUAGAUAUAAUAUAAUAUGAAAUGCAUAAAGAAUAAAAUAAUGAUUAAUCAAAUGCAAUGGAAUAAAAGAAUCAAAUUUAAGAAACUAAAGUAUAAGAAAACAAAGGAUUGAAUGAUGAAGUUCAACAAAAAUAAAAUUCCUUUUAUUAAGACACCAUUAUAAAUAAGUGCGCUUAUAAAUCCAAAUAAAAAGAAAAAGAAGUCUUGUUUGUAAAAUAAUAAGAAAAACAGAAUACACAUAUUCAAAAUAAUGAUUAAACAAAAGCAUAAAAAAAUACAGAAAUAAUUUAUUUAGACUUUCAAUAACUCUAAAAUAGUAAGCUUAAAGAAUAUUAGCAACUUGAAGAGAAAAAAAAAUUUUGUGAGCUUGACAAAAAGCAAGUUAAAAAAGAAAAGUUGAAAUAUUAGAAAAUUCUGCACUAUUAUCAAACUCAAUUAAGUAAAAUGGAGUAGUAAUUAUUAGAAUUGGCUCAAAAUUACACUUUUCUUUUAAAUAAUGAAGCUAUAAAUGAUAUUUUAGAUAUAGAAGAUGAAGACUCUUUAUUAUUUAAUGGUAUAUCAAAAUAAUAAGAAUAAGAAAUGAGUAAUAAUUAAGAAUUUGAUGAAAAGCAAUAAACUUUAAGUGGCUUAAUUUAAUAAUAAGAUCAUUCAAGUGAUAGGGAUUUUUCUUAGGAUUAAAUUAUUUCACAUGAUUUUAAUAAAAAUCAAAAAUAAUUGAACUACAUAUCCUUACUGUAAUCUGAUCAAUGUUUAAAGAAUAUUAAAAUAUUUGAUUAGUCUAGCAUUAAUUUAACUAAUAAAAAUGCCUAUUUAAGCUAAUUAGAUAUUAACUAAACUAGUUUCAUCAAUAAAAAAUAAUAAAAUAUAACUAGAUCUGAAGAUUAAAUAUUUAAAUUGAAAACUAUUUUUUAGUAAUAUAUUGAAGAUAUAAAAAAAUACACAUGCUCAAAAAAAAUUAAAAUUAAUGGUAAAUCAUACGCUGUCUUUGUUGUUGAUUCUAAAAAAGUUAUAGAAAAAAGUAUGUAGCAGUCAAAGAGGUUAUUUAAAAACAUAAAUAAUAUUUACAUUUUUGCCAUUUUGAGACUCAAGUAGAUCAAAAAAUGUCUCAUUUAAAAACAAGAUGAAUGUUUAGAAAGAUUGGAUGAGUUAUUUAAAGUGAAUUUUUGGCCAAAAGAAUACAAGUACACAAGAGAAAAAGGCUCAAAAGAAAAGCAGAAAUAAAUUCAAGAUGAGAUUGAAAAAAAUAAGCCUUUGUUGUAUUAAAAUAAAUAACUUCUUUUAGACAUUUCUAAAAAGAAAUUCGAAAUGAAAAAAGAGAAUCCCUAAAAGAAGAGAGAGAUUCAAAAGCUUGAAAAUUACCUUAUAAAGAGGCACCAAGAUGAAAGAAAACUCUCGAAAAAGCUAUAGCUCCACAACCAAAUGAAGAAUUUUAUAAUGUAUUCAAUCAGAUAUGUUGCAGAUAAUAUUGCAUAUGAUGAUCCUGAAGAUGUUAACCGAUAAAAAAAAAUACUUAAGUACUUUCACUUAGCUUAUAAUAAAAGUGAUUUACAGGCUCUAGUUUCUCCUUAAGCUCCUUACACAAUAUAAAAUAUUCAAAAUAUAAUAUCAUUAGAUAAUUAAAAGGCUUAAUUCAAAUAUAAUUAAUUUUUCGAUUAUCAAAAACAAAUGAUAAGCUAAUACAGCUAAUAUCUUUUAGAAUAAAACACUGAGAACAAUGAUGAUAAGCAGAUUCAAGUAAUCAAUAUAACAUGGGAAGAUUUACUUAAUUAUCCCAACAUACUCGAGAAAUUUAAUGCUGAAAUAAUUAGAUUGAACAUGUUUAAUAAAUCUAAUAGGAUAUUUAUGUAAAGAUUUUGCUUAUAUGAAUAUCAUAAAAUAAUUCUAAAAGGGAAAGGAAACAAAAUAGAUCAUUUUUAUGGAAAUAACUUUAUAUUAAGUGCACUAUCAAAUCCUAAAAUUAUAUAACUAUGA